AUGGCUCCGAAGAAGGUCGUUAGGGCGCCGGCGGCCGCCAAGAAGAAGGCGGAGAAGGUUGUGAAUCCUCUGUUCGAGAAAAGGCCGAAGCAGUUCGGCAUUGGAGGCGCCUUGCCGCCGAAGAAAGAUCUCCACAGGUUUGUGAAAUGGCCGCAGGUUGUGAGGAUCCAGAGGAAGAAGAUGAUCCUGAAGCAGCGUUUGAAGGUGCCCCCGACAAUUCAUCAGUUCUCUAAAACCCUCGACAAGAAUUUGGCGACCAGCCUUUUCAAGAUGCUACUCAAGUAUAGGCCUGAGGACAGGGCUCAGAAGAAAGAGCGUCUCUUGAAAAGAGCUCAAGCUGAAGCUGAAGGAAAAACCCCAGAAUUGAAGAAGCCUAUUGUGGUGAAGUAUGGCCUUAACCAUGUCACUUAUCUCAUUGAGCAGAACAAAGCUCAGUUGGUGGUUAUUGCCCAUGAUGUUGAUCCAAUCGAGUUGGUCGUCUGGCUCCCAGCUCUGUGCAGAAAGAUGGAGAUCCCAUACUGUAUUGUGAAGGGCAAAGCUAGGCUGGGCACUAUUGUCCACAAGAAGACUGCCUCUGUUUUAUGCUUGACCUCGGUAAAAAAUGAAGAUAAAUUGGAGUUCAGCAAGAUUUUGGAGGCCAUCAAGGCCAAUUUCAACGAUAAGUAUGAUGAGUUGCGUAAGAAAUGGGGCGGUGGUGUUAUGGGGUCUAAGUCUCAGGCCAAAACAAAAGCAAAGGAGAGGCUUCUCGCAAAGGAGGCUGCACAAAGGAUGACUUGA